UUUGGGAUUUUCCUAGUAGUAAUUGUUAGUCAAGCGCGUAACUUUUGGUGUUUUUUUCUCCCUCACGAAGAUUGAAGGAUUUGUAUCUCGCGUUGGGGACGCAGGGGGAUUUGUUUGUGUUUUCAUUUGUGCGUAUACCCGUCGAGAUGCGCCACACGCUUUGCGCAUCCUCGAACUGGAUUGUCAUUUCAGAACUGGACUACCUUCAAAACAACAAGAGAUUGUAGAAACUGAUGGUCAAACUGCGAGCUCAGCGUGUCACCAUGGAUUUUUCCCGUCUGCACACGUACACCCCUCCUCACUGUACUCCGGAUAACACCGGAUAUACCUAUUCACUCAGCUCGAGUUAUUCGACCGCUGCCCUUGAGUUUGAGAAGGAGCACAAGAUCAAUCCCGUGUACGACUCGCCCAAGAUGUCUCGCCGUAGUUUGAGACUCCAGACCAGCAGUGGUUUAUAUGACAACAGCUUCACUGAGGUGGCAGGGAAUCACAGUGUGGGCUCAUACAAGAGAACCAACACCAGCACCACUACAACCACCAGCAGCAGCAGCAGCGUCAGCAGGUCUGUGCGGGGCAGAAGGCAGCAGCAGGAUUCAUCCAUCUAUGAGUCUCAGAGCGUCACUGGGACUCCUCAAAGCACAUCAGACCUGAGCUUCACCAGUACAGACGCAUCUCUGAUUUCCAACCUUCUAGACCAGUCCACACUCAGACAGUCCUCCACCACAGAGACAUACUCUGCAACACGGAGAAGAAGAGCCGUUAACCGCUCUCUGUUGGAGAAUGGAAACGUCAGUAAAACAGAGGCCCAUGCUAAUCUGGCUAACGGCUAUUUCUGUAAAGACUGCUCCUUCCAUGCCGAAGGAAACGAGAAAGAGACGUCAUAUUCUGUACCAUACUCCACAUCAGAGUCUGCAGCGUAUCAGACGACAGAAGCAGCAGACGCCACUAUGACCACCAUGACCACCUCUCUGAACAGUGUGGACGGUGCAGCUCACGACAGCUACUGUGGCAGUGUGAACGUGCGGGAUGUGGUGACCGCAGACCAUCUCAAUCUCAACGGGUCACUCUGUGACGACUGCAAAGGGAAGCAGCACAUGGAGAUGAACACAGAGCGUAAACACUAUUCCUACAUCCACCGCGUGCUCACAGUCUUGUGGGCUGUUGUUACUUACACAGGUAAUGUUCUUCACCGGGUUUGCCAAGGUUUCGGCUCUGCCGGUGCAUUUGUGAGCCGGAAGAUGAAGUCCGUUGUGGGGUUGGCGGUGUGUUCUCCAGGUGAUAUCUGCAAAGAGAAGCAGCACAUGGAGAUGAACACAGAGCGUAAACACUAUUCCUACAUCCACCGCAUGCUCACAGUCUUGUGGGCUGUUGUUUCUUACACAGGUUACGGUCUUCUUCGGGUUUGCCGAGGUUUCGGCUCUGCCGGUGCAUUUGUGAGCCGAAAGCUGAAGUCCAUUCUGUGGUUUGCAGUGUGUUCUCCAGGGAAAGCAGCGACUGGCGCCUUCUGGUGGCUUGGAACAGGAUGGUAUCAGCUGGUGGCUCUCAUGUCUCUCAUCAACGUCUUUCUUCUCACUAGGUGUCUGCCCAAACUACUGAAGCUGCUUCUGUUUCUGCUGCCGUUUCUGCUGCUGUUUGG